GAAACCAAUAAUUAUAUUAAAAAUUGAAAUUCUUCUCUAUCUUCCUCGUAUUUAGCUUCACUUUGAUGUCUGACUGAAGCUCUUACUUGUCUGUGUUAUGUUCUUGUAGGGAACUUUUAAGGAGGAGGAGGAGGAGACAAGAUGAGAUUGGUCAAGUGUUGGUUCUGCUCUUCGACGAUAUAUCCAGGACAUGGUAUUCAGUUUGUCCGCAACGAUGCUAAGAUUUUCCGGUUCUGUAGGUCUAAAUGCCACAAGAACUUCAAGAUGAAGAGGAACCCUCGUAAAGUCAAGUGGACUAAAGCAUACAGAGCUGCACACGGAAAGGACAUGACUCAGGAUAAAACUUUUGAGUUUGAGAAGAAGAGAAACAGACCUGAGAGGUAUGAUAGGAACGUUACUGAGGAUACUCUCAAGGCCAUUAAGAAGAUUGAUAAGAUCAGAAGUUCAAGAGAAGCUCAACACAUCAAUAAGAGGUUGAAGCCGAACAAACAGAAGAUAUUCAAGAGUGAAGUCAAAGAGAUAGAUCAGAACAUUAGUUUGAUCAAGGCACCAGGUUCUUACCAACAAGAUUCAGAGAAGAUGAAAGUUUCGGUCUCCACAAGCAAGUCUGUUCAGAACGAAGCCAUGGAAGAGUGAUUCUGUGGAAGCACUUUAAUAGAUAUUUUUUUCACUCAACUCUGAUGCUGGUGUCGUUGUCCUUUCAAAACAAAGAAAAGAGAGUUUUAGAGUUGUUUACAUUUUGCAAUGUAUUAUUUAUUACCUGGAAUGGAUCCACAAGAAGGUUUUGGUUUUCGGAGCUAAGCUUCCACAUUCGCUGA